GAGCAAGCCACUUCUCUGCUUUCUGAAUUUUCCAGAUGGGAUAGAAGCCAUGGGACCACUUCCUCCUCUUACAUGAUAGCAGAACCCAGUGCUCUGUGAUCUGCAGUGAAGGACGGCAUUCAAGCGAGGGUUUAUUAAUGAAAUAUGAUGGGGUAUGUACAUUUGAUCUUCCUGUCUACCUUCCUCUCAGUUUCCAUGACAUCCGAAACAUUUGAUGCAAUGGAAGGUGAGGCUUUAGUUAUAAAAUGUCCUCGAUUGAGAUCAUCUGUGAAAGUCACCUGGUAUCACAUGGAUACUAACAAAGUAAUUCCUGCAGAGGAAGAGGGAUCACGAAUAUUUUCCCUACAACGAUUUCUUUGGUUUCUGCCAACUUCUAGAGAGGAUUCUGGAAACUACACUUGUGUUAUACAUUUUUCAAAUAAUCGCACAAAGUCGUUCAACAUGAGUGUGCAGGUGCAUCCACACAAGCAAGGAGUAUGCUUCCCACGUCAGAUUCGUUACCCAAAUGACACUGGAAGAGGAAAAAUUGUUUGUCCUAAAAUUGACAAUUAUAAGAAUGCUACUAUCAUCCAGUGGUAUAAGGACUGCAAACCUCUUCAGGGAGAGAGAUAUGCCAAGGAAGAAAAAUAUGUUUUUAUUAACAACCCAAGGAAGGACGAUGAUGGUUAUUAUACUUGUCAAUUUAUCUAUACUCAUAAAGGAAAUGUGUUUAAUGUAUCAGCAACAAGGAUUUUCAUAAGUAAGGCAAAACACUCACCUCUACCUCCUCAAAUUUUAUUUCCAAAAGAUAAAGAUGUAAUAGAAGUGGAGCUUGGUGCUGCUUUGUCUCUGAAAUGUCAGGCCCGCCUGGGGAUUAAGAAACAACCGGUGGCUGUUGUCACAUGGGAUGUGGAUAACAUCCCGGUGAAAUACUUAGAUUUUUCAAGAUUUCAUGAAAAAACUCACUUUUUUGAAGGACGUGAGCAACAAUAUUACAGAGAGAGCACUUUGCAUAUUGCUGAAAUAAAAAAGGAGGAUCUGCAGGCAAAUUUCACAUGUGUAGCGGUGAACGAAAUGCACAACACAAAGGCCACGGUGACGUUACAACUCAAAGCACAAUGUGAGGUGGGUCUUCCUAACAUCCUCUUAAUCGUAGGAUCUCUAGUUCUGCUAGUUGCAAUAGCAGUCUCUGUUAUACUUUACCAGUCCUUCCGAGUUGAUAUCGUCCUAUUGUAUCGGGAGAUAUUUCAGCCCUACUCAGUCAAGGAUGAUGGGAAGAUAUAUGAUGCAUAUGUUAUCUACCCCAGAAGCCAGAACAAUGAAGCUAAUUUUGUAGAAUAUUUUGUUUACCAAAUCAUGCCAGAUAUUCUAGAAAAUAAAUGUGGAUAUAAACUGUGUAUUUAUGGGAGAGACAUAUAUCCUGGAGAAGAUACAGCCAGUGCAAUUGAGAAGAAGAUGCAGAAGAGCAGAUGGCUGAUCAUCCUUCUAACACACCAGCUGAUUAAUUGUAAAGAACCUGCAUAUGACCAACACAUUGCUUUAUACAAUGCCCUCAUUCAAAACAACACAAAGGUGAUCCUGCUGGAAAUGGAGACAAUUGGGACUUAUGACAAGCUUCAGGAAUCUCUUAGGUUUAUUAUUAAGCAGCAAGGUACCAUCAAAUGGAAAGAGCAGCACACUGUGCACCCACAGUCAUCUAAUUCUAAGUUCUGGAAACAGGUGAGGUAUCAUAUGCCGCUGACACUCAAGUCCUCAUACUCAGCUAAUGCUGGGUGAACAGUGAGUCUAAGAAAAUACUGUACACUGUGAGGAUGAACCACACACCUGCAGCUCCUUUUCCUUUCAGUAGGUACUUGAUUUUACAGACUAGAAGUCUGGCUGUAUUUCUGAACUUUUUUCAGUCCUUCAACUGAAUAAUGAUCAGGUAAACUGAUGGAGGGGAACUAAGGGAAGUUUUUAUAGGUAUGGGCAUUCUGUAAACAAAUAAUUCUAGACUGUAUGCAGGAUUUUGCAUGUCACAGGAAACAAAAUGUACCUAUACUCUUUCUAUAUAUACUCAUCAUAUAACUGAAAGUUUUGAUCCUGAAUAGCUGAAUGUUCCGCAGCUUUGCUUUACCUUUCUAAUGCUGUUGUUCAAACAUAAAUGCCUUCUGUAUAAUUCAACUAGAAAGCAUAAUGUGUAUUAUUCAACUAGAAAGUAUAACAUUGUGUUUUUAUUCAUUUUUUCCACCACUUAUUCGUUUUUGAUUCAAUAGUAAUACUCAUACUAUGACAUUUUAUUCUUCCUUAGUAGGGAUGCCUCAGUAAGGGCUCUUUUGAGACUGAUGUGAAUACCGCAUUUAAAAAAUAAUGCAGUGUUAAGGGAAAUAAUUACAUGCUAAUAUAUAUUUAUAUGCAUUUUUAUACUAUAUAUAUUAAAAUGAAUCUCACACAACGGGAAAAUUUAAAUCUUUGAAGUACAACACACCAUGCUGUUGCUAUUGUUAUUAUCUCCAGAUAGAAAUAACAUUUUAAAAUUUAAGGUUUCUUUUUUUUGGUACACUGAUAGCAUUCCUUUAAGCUACUGAAAAAAGAGACUUACUGCAUUUUUAUAACAGCCAGUAUCCACCUUUUUUUCUUCUGCUUUGACCUUAUGCCUAGUUAUACUUUCUUCUGAUAGGAAAUACCUUGAGAUGCAAAGCUCAGAGCCAAAUCUCCUUCUAGUUCAGAGGUGUAUGAACAAAAUGCAUUCUAGUAGACAUAUCUUUGUGAAUGGUAAUCUUUUUAGCUUCUUAAAACCAGGAAUUUUCUUACUGUUGGUGAAGGCUUAGUUUUGAGCUUCAGGCUUGCUACAGAGAUGGACUUAAGUGAAAAUUGGAUGGAGAACAACUAAUGUUACCAAGUCCAGGCUUACAGAGCAAGCAAGACCUUUCCUUUUACUGUAAGUUUUUUACUGAAUGUGGAUCUUCAGACUUAUGGAUGGCUAUUUGGAGUAGGAAAAAUGUGUAUGCGAUAUAUGUAUAGGGCUUUUUUCCAACAUUAAA